AACGUUACCGGAGCCUUCAUACUUGGCUCUCAUAUCGGUUUUAUUUUUGCCUUAAAUGGUACAGUAAUCUCAACUGGGAAUAUAGCUAAAGCUGGAGACUUGUCAUCGAACCAAAAUGUAAAGGAAGGGAGACAUGGGCCGCAGGAAUCUGUGAAAGUUCUUGCAACUACUUUUAAGAAUGGAAAUGAAUUGAAAAGAAAAAUUUACAGUGUCCAAAGCACAACAGAGCUUCUGGAAAAACAAGUGAAUUGGGAUUUGUCCUUGACCGGAUUUUAAAAUUUAACACAGAUUUCCAAGAGUUUACUGAUGUUGACAGUAGUGUGCAGAUAAGUAACCUUGACAGAUUCCAAGUGCACUUUUCAGAAGCAUCCCAUCUUCAAACUGUCCCAAGAGAAGUCUGUCAAAAGCAGCCUACACAGGAGCCGGAUCAGCAGGCUGGUCUGAGGCCUCUGCUUGAAAUGAAAGUUCCAGAAAUAUUUGAUGAACUCCAAACUAAGGCCAUUGUUACAGAGAAGACCCGAAUGAAACUCAUUAAAGUUUGCAUCUCUGACUUAGUGGAGAAGCAUGGAUUUUAUCCAUCCACUAUUGAAAAGGUGGUUCUUGCAAAGAACAUCAUCACCAUCUUCCCAUCGCUUAAAGUCCAAAUUGAUGGCAGAGGAGAAGGCUUUGAGCAUUUCUUCGAUCCAGCAUCACACUCUGGGUUUUUGGAGAUGAGACUUCGCAAUAUCCGCCGGAAGCUAGAGGAAGGCCAGCGGCGUUACAGUAGACACAAGAGGUGCCGAGAUGUUGAAGAGAUGUCAAGUUCUGUGCAGGAUGAAGGGGACGGCAGCGAAGUCAGAGAGUUCAUCAACCUGAUGAAAAGGCUGAGGCCUUCUGCAGAAAACAUGUCCUCAAUCAAAUCAGCGAUGCAGAAAACAUUCACCUGGCGCAGAUCGUGGAUAUCCAAACAUUCCCCCACCAUGGAGAAAAUCUUGCAAGAGUAUCCACGCUUCUUGGAUAUACCAACACUGCUUGAUACAGAGUUUGGUAAAAUGCAUCAAGGAAAGGGGGACCUGUUCCUAAGGCGGUGGGAGGCCAGCAUCAUGCCGAAGCUGAAAGCUGUUGCCGCCAGGGAGAAGGGUGAUGUUGCAUCUCUUGUUGAAGGAAUGGAAGACCAAACUGAUGAUGAGAAGUGCUACAUUAUGUUGGUCGUCCUUACUCAUCUCCUUCCACCAAUUGCAGCAAGCCGCUGUAGCGUCAAGUCUGCGAUUACACAACUCGUUGAUUUUGUGCCGGCAGGAAGUACCAUUGCCUUCCCUCUACAAUGCAUCCCAGGAUCCAGCACAGAGCACACAGCCACAACUAGUCUGCAUUGGUCAUCUAAGGGGAGGGUCACAGCAGUAUGUCAUUGUGGGCAAGUCUGACAAGAUUGCUAUUCCCUUGGAUGAAGGCCUGGCAUGUGCUGUGGACAAGCUCUUCAAGCUCUACUGGGUAUGCAACCUGGCAUACCCAGCCCCGCUCAGCUCUGUGUUCUCAUUCGUCGAGUACAUUUACGACUUACCCAUGUCAACAAACAGGAGACCAAAGGUAUUGGAGCUCAUUUCAAAAGUCAAGUCUAUUAAUUAGAUCCCACCCAAAUGUACAGUUGUCCAAAAUGUCCGUCAAGAUUCACACAGAUAAAGAAACUGAUGUGGCACCUUCGUGAAAUACAUGCAUUGUCAGAGGGAUUGGAGUUCACACUUACUUGCAGCCAAGAUGGUUGUCCAAGGACAUACCACAGCAUUAAUUCAUUUACCAAGCACCUUUCUAGAGAGCACCAGAUAGGAAGUACCACAGUUGUUGAACCUUCUUUUCAUACCUUCCCAACAUUUACUUACUCCACAGGGACCAUCGACACAACAACUCUAGAGGAAAACAUAGCUGAGCUUUCUGAGGGGUUUAAACUUCUUUCUUCAAGUGACAGUGCAGCCUCAUUUGUGGCGAAAAUGUAUGCUGGAUCAAAUGUAACAUUAAUGGAUGUAACAAGAACUGUAACUUGUGUUAAAGAACUUGUGGAAACAACUGUAGCUACAUUACAAAAUUCGGUUUCAUCAGUGUUCAAUAAUAUGGAUGUACCACAUGACCAUGAACUUGUGCUACCAUUAAUGGAACAGUUUGAAAGUGCCAAACAAAUGUUUGAUGACAUAGACACUCCUUUUAAAAUGAAUACACAUUUUUCAGAAAAAUUUCAUCUUGUCAAGCCAAAGGAACUUUUCCUUGGUCACAGGGCAGAUACUGUACGGAAACAGGGACAAAUGAAGCAGGUUUUGGCACCAGACACUUGUCGGUAUGUACCAAUACUUGAAACAAUCAAAUUUCUAUUUAGUAAUGACAAAAUGCAAAAUGUCUACUUAAAAAG